AGGACGGCAAAUAAUUAUACGUCCAUUGCAUUAUUGUGGCUCUCGUGGUGUAGUUCGCUCGUCGAUUGUUCAAACUUUAAGUACCUACCUAUUUGAAAUGUCCAAUUAUAACCGCAUCAGCACUUUAGGAUCAGCCGUAUCACAUAUAAAAGUACGUAAAGCAAAGUCGACGGAAACGGAGAAAAAAAUUAUUGCCAAAAUGUUAGAUUUUAACGACUUAACCUGCUCGAUAUGCUUCGACAUUUUUGAAAAGCCAUCAGUAUUGAAAUGCAACCACGUUUUUUGUUUCAAAUGCAUACACAAUUGGAUGCGUACUAACAAGUCAUGUCCAAUAUGUCGGCGACACACAAUAGAUCAGCCAGUUGUGUGCAUCAAGUUAGAAAAACUUAUUUCAGAAAUGAAGUCAGUUUCUGUGCCUGUUGUUAAUCGACGCAACACGAUAGGUACAAUUACUCCAGAACCUUUAAUCCCAACACGUCCAGCCGGUAAAAGAGAACUUAAUAAUGGUCGUCCACCAUGGAGAUAUUAAACGAAGAACAAUAAUAACCUUUUUAAUAUAUAAUAGGUAUGCGUAUACUUAUUUUUUUUUUAAAUCAAUUAUGUUUGUAAUUUGUAUUAUUUUAACUAAAUGAAUAACUUUUUAUACUAUCCUAGACUCUAGAACUUAUAUAAUAAACACAGUCUUGAUGGCUAGUUAUAGAGUAGACUAUAAAUAUUUUUAUGUUUUAAUGGUUUAAUGAAUAAUAAUUAUUUGUAUCAUGAUAAGAUAGGGAAUAUA